AUGCUGUUUUGUUUUUCAAGUUUGUUAAUUAAUGGAGGAAUGAACCCACCUAGACUUACUCCUUCAACUCACAGGUCUGUUUCAUCUCAGCUGUUGAGGCUUAGCAUCUUUCUUCUACUUAGUUUUCCUGACUCCAAAGGAAAAGCUAUAUGGACAGCUCAUCUGAAUAUAACAUUUCAAUUGGGAAAUCGGAUUAUAACAGAAUUUGGAGAGAGUGGAGUGUUUGGAAAUCAUUCUCCUCUGGAAAGGGUGUCUGGUGCCGUGGUACUUCCUGAAGGAUGGAGUAAGAACGCUUGUAAUCCACUGACCAACUUCAGUAGGCCUGAUCAAGGAGACUCUUGGCUGGCCCUCAUUGAACGGGGAGGCUGUACUUUUACUCAUAAAAUCAAUGUAGCAGCAGAGAAGGGAGCAAAUGGGGUGAUCAUCUAUAACUAUCCAGGUACAGGCAACAAGGUAUUUCCUAUGUUUCACCAGGGAACAGAGAAUGUAGUUGCAGUGAUGAUAGGCAACCUCAAAGGCAUGGAACUCUUACAAUUGGUCCAGAACGGUGUCUAUGUGACAAUCAUCAUUGAAGUGGGGACAAUGCACAUGCCAUGGCUGAGUCACUAUAUUAUAUCUCUGUUUACCUUCCUGGCAGCCACAGUCGCUUACCUUUUCCUCUACUGGGCCUGGAGACCCCGAGUACCCAAUUCUUUCACCAGGAGGCAAAGACAGAUAAAGGCUGAUGUGAAGAAAGCUAUUGAUCAGCUUCAACUUCGGGUGCUCAAGGAAGGGGAUAAGGAACUAGAUCCAAACGAAGACAGCUGUGUUGUUUGUUUUGAUACAUACAAAGCCCAAGAUGUAAUACGUAUUUUAACUUGCAAACAUUUUUUUCACAAGACAUGCAUUGAUCCCUGGCUUUUGGUCCGUAGGACAUGCCCCAUGUGCAAAUGUGACAUUCUAAAACCUUAA